AUGGUCCACACUCUGCAUUACAUGAAUUUUCAGUUGAUCCAAUUAUUGGAGUGGGCUCGUUGCGGGGAGGACUUUUUGUCAGCAGUACCAACACUCUUAUGGGCGGCAGGUUCAGCUGCGUUUGCGCAUCGCGUUGUUUCCACAAUAUUCAAAAGAUUCAUGUUCCGUCGGAUACCGCUAUGGGAAAUUAUUUUACAGGACUCAGUAGUACUGUCAAGAGAGGAGAUAGAAGGUCGGAAGGUCAUGCAGCAAUGCGUCAUUUGGUUGUGCGGUAUCUCACCUCUUGCUCUAUUCUAUCACACUAGACCGAGACCGAUAGCUCCACCACUAAUGAUAUGGAUAACCACCAGCCCCUGGCAGCGCCGAGAGAUGGGACCCUAUGGCUACUAUCUCCACAGACCCCCGUCGCUGGAAAACCCCCUAACCACAAUUAGAGAACAAGCCAUAGCUCUGCGCAGAGCCUACAGCGAUUCUAGAACUAUAAUAAAAGAACCACCCAAAAAGAGAAGGAACUCAAAAUCAGUGUAG